GCUCUCGCGAGAGCUGAGCUGGGCUGUGCUGCCGAUGGAGGUGAUGGCUGUCGAGUACAAUGGAGCGGAGCGCUGCUGAGCGGCCGAGGGCCGGAGCGCGGGGACUGAGCAGCGGGGAGCCGCGCCAUGGACGCUGUAGCCGCGCCUGCUGACCUGCUGGCGUGCGGGGGCAGCGGGGAGUCGAGCCCCGGGAGGGGGGCGGACGGGCCGCCGCCGGGCCCCGAUGCCGAUCCUGACGCAGUGAGGCUGGUAGAGCCGAGCCCGAGCCUGCUGGAGCGCUGCGGCGUGUGCAAGGGCUGGCUGCGGGAGCGCCAACCCCGCCUGCUCCCCUGCCUGCACUCGGUGUGCAAGGGAUGCCUGCAUGGCGCGCUCAGUGCGGGCUCUAGCCCGCAGGCUGAAGGGCUUAUUUCCUGCCCUGUAUGCCGACAACAAUGUUACAUAAAGGAUAUUAUUGAAAACUACUUCCUAAGGGACACUGGUGAAGUGGACACUAGCUCAAACAAGAAGGUUAGCCAGGUAUGUACCAGCUGUGAAGACAAUGCUGUGUCCUCCAGCUUCUGUGUGGAGUGUGCGGAGUGGCUCUGUGAUGCCUGUGUAGAGGCUCACCAGAGGGUAAAAUUCACAAAGGAUCACACUAUGAGCAAGAAGAAUCCAGGGCUUACAGUAGACGGGAGGACAAGCUGUGAGCGACCAAUCUUCUGCUCCAUUCACAGACAGGAGACUCUGAAACUAUUUUGUGAGACAUGUGACACACUAACCUGCCGAGACUGCCAGCUUCUCACCCACAAAGAUCAUAGAUACCAGUUUCUCGAGGAAGCUAUUAAGAACCAGAAGAUGACGCUGGAAAACCUGGUGAAAAAGUUGACAGAGAAGAAAACCCAGCUGCAAGUGACCACUAAACAAGUCCGUACUAGAUUAAGAGAUGUUCAGGACAUGCAGAAGAAAGUCCAGGUGGAGAUCAAGAUGGCUAUCCUUCAGAUAAUGAAAGAACUAAAUAAACGUGGCAAGACCCUCAUCCAGAGAGUGGAGAGAUUGGCCGAGGAGCAGCAGCUGAAGUUGGAGCAGCAGCACCUGUCUAUGUCUAAGCUGUACCGGCAAAUGGACCACGUCUUAAAGUUUGCUUCUUGGGCCGUCAACACUGAUAACAGCACAGCCCUGCUGCUCUGCAAAAAACUGAUCUUCUAUCAGUUACAAAGAGGGCUGCAAUCCAAGGUUAAUACAGAGGAGUUGAAGAAUGACAUUAUCACUUUUCUCUGGGACUCUGCUUUCUGGACUAAGAGUGCAGCUAAUUUUGGCAAUGUUGUGAUUGAAGUCCCCCCAACGUUGUCAACGCAUGUUCCAGUUCAGCAUCCGUCAGUGUCCAGCCAUUGUCCUCAACCUGUCUCCCAGCAACACCCUAUCCCUCAGCUCCAGCCUGUUUCCCAACACCAGCCUAACAAUCGAAUGAUUGCAACACAAGGAAACUCUUGGCAAAGCCAUGCACCUAUGCAGUCUUCCCAUCGCCUUCCGCCACCUAGUUACCAGCAGACACAGCUCCCACCCCCACGCCAGCUCCCUCCACAGCAGAACACACAGCAGGUCCUGAUCCGCCAGCCUCACUCAGCUCCCCACUGGUCACCAGUGAGUGGACACUCACGGAUGCAGCAAGCGGUGCAACUUGUGAAGCCAAAAACCACAAUGCCAAGUACUAAUGGCAGGUACCUUCAGCAGAUGCAGGUGCAGGUGGUUCAACAAGGGAACAUUGUGCAGAUGCAACAACAACAGCAGCAACAGCAGCAGCAGCUCAUGAAUCAGGUGCUAUUACUGCCACAGAUGAAUGGAGUACAAAUUCGCCAGCCUCAGGGACAUACUCAGGGAGCUGUCAAGCAAUCGAUUAUUGGGGGCCAGACACUGUACCAGCAAAUGUCCGUCCAUCAGCCUACUGCCAUUAGCAAACUGCCUUCCCCAACACAGCGGCAGCAGCUGUCCUUUGGGCCUAGUGCAGCUGGUAGUGUUCAGUCCCCACCAUCGCACCACCUAUCUACGUCCACCGGACUGUCGAAUGUUCCUGUGAGUCGACCGUCUCCUCCAGUGCAGCAAGCACUCAGAUCAAAUACUUCUACCAGCAGGCAGUUGCUAACAACUGCCAUAUCCCAGCAAGUGCACUCUAACAAUUCUGCUACCAGUCAGAGUACUCAGGUUGGUGCAAAUUGCCAUCGUUCUCCAACGUCAAGCAAUCGCCUUGGCAACAGCCCGGUUGACCAACUCAAGAUGUUGGUGCAGCAGGCAACCUCGUAUCCCCGUGUCAUUCUGCCCCACAGAGAUGGCCCGGCCAAUGCCCACGAUUUUGCACAGAAACAGUAUGCCUAUCCGGGUCCCUCUCUAGUGCCACAGCAGGUUGGUAGAGAUGAUAGCUUACUGUACUCACUGAUUCUCACCUCCGAUGGAGCAUUGGCCUGGUCUGAUUCGGGAGCGGAAGGAUUUGUUAAAGGGCAUUCUACAUGUCAUGUUCCUCCUGCAUUUUCAGAACCAAGGAGGGGUGUGUCCUUCAAGCUGUCAAAUGUCAGUACCACCACUGAGCAGGAGGAGCAGAGAAACAACAUCAAAGAAUUGCAGCAAGCUUCAGAGUCCAGAUGCAUGCCUUUGCAGUGUACCAUAAAGCACACUGGUGACAGUUCGGACUCAAACCUUAAACCUAAAUCGAACAAGAAGGACCCUUAUGUGCGGUUAGAGCGAUUGCAAAUCGACUUGUCUACUGACACUGAGCUGCCAACCUUCAAACUGUUACCAGGCAGUGGACAGGAUGAGUUCAACCUGAUCAUCAUCGAAAGAGAUGGCUUGCCUAUAAAUCCAACCUUCACGGCACCAACACUGGCGAGCACCUUGACGCCACCGAACUCCGUCUCUCCCGCAUCAGUGACCGAAAUCGAAUUUGUCUUUAAUGAGAGAACUGAGGUAGCAAGCAAGCGUACCCAUCACACCCUGAGCCCCACACCUUCCCCCAGUGAAAAGUCACCCGGGAGUAUAGCGGACCUCAAGGCGUCGCCGCUGUGCAGUGCCAGUGAGAAGGGCGAGGAGGCGGAUGAGGUGGUCUGCGUUGUUUGUGGGAAAGGAGGCGAGUUGCCGUGUUGUAGCCGUUGCCUGAAAGUGUUUCACAUUGGCUGUCAUGUCCCGGCUUUGCUCAGUGUGCCCAGUGUUGAAUGGACAUGUUCCUUAUGUGUGGACUUGGCAACAUCUGAGGUUGAGAGUGAAAGCUCAGCGACAUUGGCAGACAGCAGAAAUGAGGUGAAGGAAGGCCUUGCUGAUCUCGAUCAGAAGAAAUGUGAACGCUUACUGCUGUUUCUUCUAUCUCAUAAGAUGAGCCAGGCUCUCCAUAACCCUAGUGGCUCUUCCCAGUUGAAAAGUCAGCAAUUAGAUUUGUCUUCCAUUAGAGCAAAACUCGAGAGGGCAAGCUCGCCCCAUUAUUCCUCACCUGAUGAGUUUGUGCUUGAGGCCCGACUGAUGUUUAAGGCAUUCAGUAAACUGAGUCAGGAAAAAAAGGAGGUUCUGACACUUGAGUCAUUCUUUGAAGAAAAAUUAGCAGAUGUCUUCAGCGGCAAAGCCUUCGCCAGCACCCCAGCAGAUCAGCAGGCAAUGGAGGCGAGCAGCAAACACUGUGACCAAACUGACCAGAGGGACCCCACUUGUCCCUCGGACGAGGCUGACAGUAGCCCCAUGCAGGCUAAGAGACGGCGGCUCGAGAGCAACUAACAUCUGGAAUGGGAAGCUUGAGAUGGCAACUUUGAAAGGAUGGUUGACAGCAGACUUGAGAGCUGGCCCUCAGAGCAACCUUGUUGGAAUGAGGAGAAGCCUCAGCAGCCUUUGUUCUCUGCUGCUGAAAGGACUUGUGUACAAACCUGGGCUCAGGAAAGGCCAUGUAAAGGCCUUUCCAGCUUUGAAAACCUCCAAUACUGAGUUUAAAUCCAGCUGGACAAAUAGCACAAGGUUAUUUUGAUCCUGGGCAUAACUGCAGAGGCCAGCGCUGGAGUUGUUUUUUUAAUGUGUAAACUGUAUGUAUUAAAGAAUUCCAUAAUGUGUAAUAUAUAUUGUCUGUAUUUCAUGUUGAAAUUCUUACUGGAUCAUAGUAAAACAAAGAGUAAAUAAACUCAUUUUCUCUGAGGAAUAAUCCUACAUCACUAAGUAAUAAAAGCAAACCGUCUGCCAAUACUGGGAUUGCUGA